AUGCCGAACAAGGGCAGCGACCAGCCAAAGCCCAAGGCGGCGUCCUCCAAGACCACGACGGCAUCACCACCCCCCUGGUCUCUGCCGCCCAAUUACGGAUUUCCUCCCGAUGCGUUUGACACGACGCGCCUCCCCGAUGCGAACCACCAAUUCAUAUCCGCCGCCGACAUCGCCGCCUUUGAAACGGCGCUGCAGGCACCUGACCAAAACGCCACGCAGAACCUAGCACAACAGCACCAGCACAACGGCUCGCACGAUGCGCUGCGUUCACCCAAGAGCCCUGGCUCCUUUAGCAUCACGCGGCGCGACUCGCAGAGCCUCGGCUGGGGCGCCGACGAUGAGACUGCAGACAGUAGCAGCGCGCUGGCAACGGCGGCAGCAGCAGCGGCGGCAAAUGGCGAUUUUGAUAACGGCGUCGGGGCCACCCCGGCGCGCGCAUCUUCACCAGCACCCGGCGGACACGGGACGUUUGUCACGGCGCAAAACGACUGGGCACCCAUCAGCUCGCGAUUUUACCGCUCGAGCAAACGCAAGCAGCCGCCGGCGGCGGCGGCGGCGACUGCAGUCCCGAGGAAGAAAAAGCGCAGGCAGGCGAAGCGCGCUGUUGAGGGCCUGCUGGGCACGCGCAGCAAGGACGAGACGCGCGACGGGUACCUGUACCUGCUCGCCAAGUGGCCACUGCUGCUCUUUGUAGUCGGCUGGCUGCUGGUACUAGGGGUUCUGUAUCUGCUGACACGCUUCUACAUUGUCGUCUACGAGCAGUUCUUUACGUGGCGCGGUGCGCGCGCGGGACUGCGCCGGGAGCUGCGCCGUGCCACGACGUACCAGGAAUGGGUGCGUGGGGCGCGGGCACUGGACGCGUAUCUCGGCCGUAAGACGUGGCGCGAGGAGAAUGACUUUGCGUACUACGACAGCAAGACGGUCAAGCGCGUCUGGGACCAGAUGAAGAAGACGAGGGCCAAGGCGGAGGCAGAGGAGAAGAAUGCGACGUCAGCGGCCGCCAGGGCGAGUAAGAGCAUCAGUGGUGAUGGGAUUAGGGCCGUGGAGGAGCUCAAGGCGCUCACGGAGGCCUGUGUCAAAAAUAACUUUGUUGGCAUUGACAACCCGAAGCUGUACAGCCAGACAUACUAUGGAACAAAGAAUCUGGUUCAAAAUUUUGUCGACGAGGACAUAGUGGAAAGAAGCCUUGGAUUUCUGCUCAGGACAAAGCAACUUACAAUGGAGGAAAAGAGAGUCCUCUUCAAGCACGUGCAGGCCAACUUUGGACGGACGGCGCUCUGUCUAUCUGGCGGCGCAAGCUUUGCGUACUACCACUUUGGCCUCGUUCGAGCGCUGCUAGACGCGGACCUGCUCCCGGACGUCAUCACGGGCACCAGCGGCGGCGCUCUCAUCGCGGGCCUCGUCGCGACGCGGAACAACGAGGAGUUGAAGCAACUUCUUGUGCCGGCGCUCGCCUCGCAGAUUACCGCCUGCUCCGAAGGCUUCUCGACAUGGUUCCCACGGUGGUGGCGAACGGGCGCGCGGUUCGACUCCGUGCAAUGGGCAGCGCAGUGCAGCUGGUGGACGCGGGGCUCCAUGACCUUUCGUGAGGCAUAUGCGCGGACAGGACGCAUCCUCAACGUCAGUUGCGUGCCAGCCGACCCGCACUCGCCGACGAUUCUCUGCAACUACCUAACGAGCCCCGACUGCGUCAUUUGGUCGGCGGUGCUGGCGUCGGCGGCAGUGCCAGGGAUCUUGAAUCCCGUGGUGCUCAUGAUGAAGAAGCGCGAUGGCACGCUGGCGCCGUACUCGUUUGGGCACAAGUGGAAGGACGGCAGCCUGCGGACCGAUAUUCCUAUCAAGGCGCUCAACACGCACUUCAACGUCAACUUCACCGUCGUCAGCCAGGUGAACCCGCACGUCAACCUCUUCUUCUUCUCGUCGCGGGGCAGCGUGGGCCACCCGGUGACGCACCGCAAGGGCCGCGGGUGGCGCGGCGGCUUCCUCAUGUCGGCGAUGGAGCACUACCUCAAGCUCGACAUGAACAAGUGGCUGCGCUUCGUGCGGCAUGCCGAGCUGCUGCCACGGCCGCUCGGCCAGGACUGGAGCCAGCUCUGGCUGCAGCAAUUCAGCGGCACCGUCACCAUCUGGCCCAAGGCGGUGGCGGCGGACUUCUGGUACAUUCUGUCGGACCCGGACCCGGCGCGGCUGGCGCGCAUGCUGCACGAGGGCCGCCAAGGCGCGUUCCCGGCGCUCAAGUUUAUCCAGAACCGGCUCAAGGUGGAACGCCUGGUGGACCAGGGACGGACCGAGUCGCGGCCGUGGGUGCGCCGGGGCAGCCUGGAGAGGAUUUUGAGCGAGGAUGAUUUGAGGAGCAUACUGGUAGGCGAGAUGAUGACGGCGGGUGGUGGCGGUGCGGGUGUGGGUGGCACGACGGAGGAGGAGACGACGGACUUGGAGGAGGAGGUUAUCGUGGAGGAUGAAAAGGAAGGGACGGCGGAGGAAGACGCGGGACUGUUUAUCAAGACGAGGUAG